GUUCUGGGAGAUCUGAUGAAAUGUGGCCUGACCGACACUGAGACGUGUUUGAAGACGGUAACUCUGUAUGUGUCCGAGGGGAACGCGGUGUUCAGCAUUCAGUCUGAUGGGAAGCUCUAUGUUAACAGAAUAUUGUCACAGCUUCCGCUCUCAACAGCCGACGUGAUGAUUUUCAAGCCCACAACGUUCUUCAUCAUCGUCCAAACAUCUUUUGGCCUUCAGCUGGAGAUCCAACUGGUACCCAUAAUGCAGGUUUACAUCAAAGCCGAUGUGAGACACAAGCAGACAACUAGCGGUCUGUGUGGUAACUUUAACAGCAUUCAGGCGGACGACUUCACCACGGUCAGCGGAUCUCUGGAAGGAACGGCCGCAGGUUUCGCCAACGGCUGGAAAAUAAGAGCAAACUGCCCCGAUGUUCAGAGUUUCUUUGAGGAUCCUUGCAGUCUCAGCCUGGAUAACGAGAGAUACGCUCAGAAAUGGUGUUCUCUGCUGUCAGACCCCAAUGGGGUUUUGGCUCCGUGCCACAAAGACAUCAGUCCCGAUAUCUAUCAGAAGACCUGCGUUUAUGACACCUGUAACUGUGAGAAAAGUGAGGACUGCAUGUGUGCCGCUUUGUCUUCGUAUGUACACGCGUGUGCGGCUAAAGGCAUUGUCCUACCCAACUGGAGAAACACUACAUGUGGGUCGUUUUCGUCCAGCUGUCCCAGCACCAUGGUUUAUUCCAACAGAGUUGAGAACAACAGUCGCUCCUGUCGGUGUCACAGUGAACCAGACUUCACCUGCACCGCUACAUUUGAUCCAGUGGACGGAUGCGUCUGUCCUGAAGGGACGUAUCUGGAUGACAACGGCAAAUGUGUUCCUCCAGACAGAUGCUCAUGCUACAUCAAAGGUGCCGUGAUCCCGCCGGGAGAAGUCACCAAUAAAGAUGGAACCAUGUGCACUUGCAGAGGAGGAAAACUCAACUGCAUUGGACAGAGAAUUCGGCAGCCAUCUUGCCCCAAACCGAUGAAGUUCAUAAACUGCACGAGUGCCGCUCCUGGAUUUACAGGCUCUGAAUGUCAGAAAAGCUGUAACACUGUCGAGAUGGCUUGUAUCAGCACCGAGUGUGUCUCAGGCUGUAUGUGUCCGCCCGGGCUGGUGUUGGAUGGUAAAGGUGGAUGCAUCAAUGAAAAUCUUUGUCCGUGCAUUCACAACGGCGUGGCACACCAACCUGGAGAAACCAUCAACGUGGACUGCAAUACCUGCACAUGUAAUGGUAGAAAAUGGAAAUGUACAACAAACCUGUGUCAUGGCACCUGCACAGUUUAUGGUGAUGGGCAUUACAUUACAUUUGAUGGGAAAAGAUACAAUUUUGAUGGAGACUGUGAAUACACGCUGAUAAGAGACGAUUGUGGUCUGUCAAAUGCCAGCGGAACUUUCAGGGUUCUCACCGAGAACGUACCUUGCGGAACGACAGGCACCACCUGCUCUAAAGCGGUCAAGAUCUUCCUCGGGAACAAGGAGCUCAAACUGACAGAUGGAGGUUAUGAAGUUUUCCAGAGGGAUGUGGGGGAAGAUAUUCCAUACCAAAUUCGGAUCAUGGGAAUUUACAUGGUCAUUGAGGCGAAUAAUGGUCUUAUUGUCAUAUGGGACCGCAAGACAAGCAUGUUCAUCAAACUGAGUCCAAAAUAUAAGGGUGCCGUUUGUGGUCUCUGCGGAAACUACGAUGGCAACACCAACAACGAUUUCAUGUUGAGAAGUCAAGAGGUGGUGGUCAAACCUUUGGACUUUGGAAACAGUUGGAAGGAGUCCUCCAGCUGUCCAGACGCUCUUGAAAUUAAAAGUCCCUGCACAAAUAACCCCUACAGACAAUCCUGGGCUCAGAAACAGUGCAGCAUCAUUACCAGCGAAAUUUUCACGACGUGCCAUUCUCAAGUGGAUCCAUCUCUGUUCUACGACGCUUGUGUGAGAGACUCCUGCGCUUGUGACAGCGGUGGAGAUUGUGAAUGUUUCUGUACGACUGUAGCCGCUUAUGCUCAAGCCUGUAAUGAAGCCGGAGCCUGCGUCGGCUGGAGAAGUCCACAAAUAUGUCCGCUGUUCUGUGAUUAUUACAACCCACCUGGUGAAUGUGAGUGGCAUUACAAAGCUUGCGGCGCGACGUGUAUGCAGACCUGCAGAAACCCGUCUGGAAAAUGCUCAAGUCAAAUACCAGCGCUUGAAGGCUGUUACCCCAAAUGUCCCCCUGGACAGUCUUACUUCGAUGAGGAAACAAUGAAAUGUGUGGAGAAGGAGAAGUGUGGCUGCUAUGACCAGCAGGGGAAUCACUACGACAAUCAUGACAGAGUUCCUUCACCAGAGAACUGUCAAAAAUGCAUUUGCAAUUCCAUGGAAAUCAACUGCGAAUACAAUGUCACUGGGACAUCUGUGCCAGUAACUUCAGUCAGCAAGUACACCACCGAAUCAGUUUUAACAAAGACAACACCAUCAACCACCUCAACUCCUCCAACAACCACAUCUAUUACAACUCCAUCAACUACAACACCUACUACAACACCUACUACAACACCUUCAACAACUUCUCCAACUUCCUCAGGAUGUAUUAUAUCGUGCAGUUGGUCAGAUUGGUUUGACUUUGGUGGCCCAACAACAGGAUCUGAUGGUGGUGAAGUAAUAUCAAUUGGAAAUAUAAUUGACACCUAUCCAUCCCUCUGCAAAGUUCCAGAGCAAGUUGAAUGCCGUGCCAAACUUUUCCCUGGACUCCCUCUUUCACAGCUUGGUCAGGUGGUGAAGUGUAAUACAAAAGAUGGACUGGUUUGCUUAAAUAAAGACCAAGGCUUAGCAGAGCAGUGUUUUGACUAUGAGAUCAGAGUGCGCUGUUGUGAGGAAAGUGGAAACUGUCCCACCACGACAACACAACCACCACCACCAUCAACCACCACAACUCCUCCAGCAACCACGACAUCUACUACAACUCCUUCAACAACUCCACCAACUACAACACCAACUACAACACCUUCAUCAACUCCACCAACUACAACAUCUACUACAUCACCUUCAACAACUCCACCAACUACAACACCUCCAAGAACCAAGUACACCACCGAAUCUGUUUUAACAAAGACAACACCAACACCCAAAACAACAGCACAAGUAACAACAAAUAAGCCCAUCUGUAGUGUUUGCUACUGGACACCAUGGAUGAAUGUUGAUUAUCCUAAAUUCGGACCACAGGGAGGUGACAAUGAAACAAUAAAAAGCAUCAUAAAGUCUGGACAAUACAAAGUAUGUGAAAACCCAGUCAAAGUUGUCUGCCAGGCUGUGCGAUACCCAGGCAUACCCUUAUCAGAAUUAAACCAAAAGGUGAUAUGCAACAAUUCGGGAUUAAUUUGUGAAAAUAAGGAUCAAACACAGCCUAUAUGUCUGGAUUAUGAGAUUAAAGCAAAAUGCUGUGAAAUUGUUGAAUGUCCACCACCAUCGGUGAGCACAAGCACAUCAACAACUGCUACAGUAUCUACCACUACUUCAACAACAACCACAAAAUCAACCACCACAACUCCUCCAACAACCACAACACCUUCAACAACUCCACAAACUACAUCACCUUCAACAACUUCUCCAACUUCCUCAGGAUGUAUUAUGUCUUGCAGUUGGUCAGAUUGGUUUGACUUUGGUGGCCCAACAACAGGAUCUGAUGGUGGUGAAGUAAUAUCAAUUGGAAAUAUAAUUGACACCUAUCCAUCCCUCUGCAAAGUUCCAGAGCAAGUUGAAUGCCGUGCCAAACUUUUCCCUGGACUCCCUCUUUCACAGCUUGGUCAGGUGGUGAAGUGUAAUACAAAAGAUGGACUGGUUUGCUUAAAUAAAGACCAAGGCUUAGCAGAGCAGUGUUUUGACUAUGAGAUCAGAGUGCGCUGUUGUGAGGAAAGUGGAAACUGUCCCACCACGACAACACAACCACCACCACCAUCAACCACCACAACUCCUCCAACAACCACCACAACAUCUACUACAACUCCACCAACUACAACACCAACCACAACUCCUUCAACAACUCCACCAACUACAACAUCUACUACAACACCUUCAACAACUCCACCAACUACAACACCAACUACAACACCUUCAUCAACUUCUCCAACUUCCUCAGGAUGUAUUAUGUCUUGCAGUUGGUCAGAUUGGUUUGACUUUGGUGGCCCAACAACAGGAUCUGAUGGUGGUGAAGUAAUAUCAAUUGGAAAUAUAAUUGACACCUAUCCAUCCCUCUGCAAAGUUCCAGAGCAAGUUGAAUGCCGUGCCAAACUUUUCCCUGGACUCCCUCUUUCACAGCUUGGUCAGGUGGUGAAGUGUAAUACAAAAGAUGGACUGGUUUGUCUGAACAAGGACCAGGGUGUUACUCAGCAGUGCUUCGAAUAUGAGAUCAGAGUGUUAUGUUGUAAUGAAAACUGCACUCCAACUACAACUAUUACCACCACUAAAUCGACACCCUCAACAACAGCAAGUUCCAUGGCUCCACACUCCACACCUCCAUGUUUGGGACAGGAAGUGAUAUGUAAUACUGAGGAUGGACUUGUUUGCUUAAACAAGAAUCAGCUUAUUACACAGCAGUGUUUUGAUUAUGAGAUCAAAGUGUAUUGUUGCCAAGGAUUGUGUGGCACAACUACAUCGCCAAAAUCACCCACACUGCCUACGUUGUCAGUUAUAACGCAUUCAACAAAGGGGCUCAGCACAGCUCACCACAAGUGUGUCUGUGAAGUAAAUGGUCAUGAAUUUGAGCUAGGAUCGGUCAUUUAUAAUAAAACUGAUGGAGAUGGAUGGUGCUAUACAGCAAAAUGUGUCAAAACCGAAGAGAAAAAGUGUGAUGUGGUCGUAACGCAAGGACCCUGUCCAACAACAGUCCCACCAACAACAGUCCCACCUACAACGUCAGGCAACUGUGAUUAUCACGUUCCUCCCCUAAGGAAUGGCGAAUCUGUUAAUGUAGGAAAUUGCCAUGUUGACACAUGCAUGAACGGUACAAUAGAACAUGCGCCGGUACAGUGUGGACCUGUCAAGUAUCCUGUGUGUGAGAACCAAUAUCCACCUGUGAAAGUCCCAGACGAGUCUGGAUGCUGUUAUAAAUACGAGUGCCAAUGUAUCUGCAAUGGCUUUGGAGACCCACAUUACAUCACAUUUGAUGGAACGUAUUACCCGUUUCAAGGAAACUGCUCUUACGUCCUUGUCAAAGAAAUUGAUCCCAAGUACAAUUUUAGCGUUAUCAUUGACAACGUUUUCUGUGAUGCUGAAGACGGUCUCUCCUGCCCCAAGUCCCUGACGAUUUACUACAAAUCUUUUGAGAUCCUGAUGUCCCAGGAGCUUUCUAACAGUGUUCUUAACAAUAUUUAUGUGAACCACAGGAGAUUCAGUCUGCCGUUUCAGAAUGAAGAUUUCCGUAUCACAGAGAACGGGAUCGAGUCUCUCGUGGUCAUACCUGCGAUUAAUGCGCAAAUCUCUUUUACCGGCAUGAUGUUUUCCAUCCACCUCCCGUGGCAGUACUUCCAUGGUAACACAGAGGGCCAGUGUGGGACAUGUGACAAUAACCAAACAGAUGAUUGUCGCUUGCCAAAUGGCACCGUUAUAUCAUCCUGCCAGGAUAUGGCUCCACAUUGGAAUGUCAACAACAGCAACAGUGUUUGUCCGCCACCGAAACCAGAGCCCACGCCGAAACCGUGCCAACCUCCGAAAAUCUGCGAAAUCUUCGAGAGCGAGAUCUUCGCCAAAUGCCAUAAUUUGGUCCCUUUUAAGCCGUUUGUGAAAGGGUGCAUCUAUGACGUUUGCAACAUGAACAAGACCAUGGGAUGCGCCAGCCUGCAGGCGUAUGCGGAUGAAUGUGCGCUGGCAGGAGUAUGUGUGGACUGGAGAAGCGCUACAGAUGGAGUCUGUGACUUUGAAUGCAAAGCGCCGCAGGUGUAUCAAGCGUGCGGACCUGAGGUGGAGCCCACCUGUGAUGAGAGAUUCAACCUGAAAUAUAUAUAUAGAAGAGACGCUUUCCGCGCUUUGGAAUCCAUGACAUGGGAAGGUUGUUACUGUCCGAACGGCACUACACUUCUGAGUUCAGCUUAUGAUAUCUGCGUUCCCACCUGCGAGAUUUGUUUGUUACCAAAUGGAGGAUGGAAGAAGGUUAACGACUCGUGGAUCAUGGGCUGUGAGAUAUGCACGUGUAUGGAAGACUUGACUAUUCGCUGUGAAGCUCAUCCAUGUGCAACAGAAACACCACAAGUCUGCAUUGAGCUCGGUCAGUUGGAAGUUACUAAAACAGAGAACUGCUGCACAAAAACCAGUUGUGAAUGUGAUGUCAGUCUUUGUCCCAGUACGAACUUCACGUGUCCUGCUGGAUACAGUUCGGAGAUAACAAUGGGAGUCUGCUGUCCGAUCUCUGGCUGUUUGCCGAAACCUGUCUGUGUGUUCAAUAACACUGAAUAUAUGCCCGGAUCGGUUGUGCCUGCGAACCCGUGUGAGAAUUGUGUGUGUGGUGAUAAUGUGGAUCCCAAGACUCAACUACAUGCUAUUGAAUGUCAGCCUGUUAAAUGUGACCCAUACUGUCCACUGGGAUACUCGUAUCAGCCGGUGGCCGGUCAGUGCUGUGGGAAGUGUGUACAGACGAGCUGCGUCGCUGUAUAUCAAUCAAACAUCACAUACACCAUCAACCCUGGUGACAUGUGGUCGCCCCCUGGUGAUAACUGUACGAAGUUCGAGUGUGUGAAGGUUGGAAAGCAGUUCAUGACCAUAGAGGCAAAGAUCAUGUGUCCAUCAUUCAAUCCAACCGAAUGUGUUCCUGGAACGCAGGUCGUGGCUCCUGAUGGAUGUUGCCUUAUAUGCGAGGUCAUGCCAAAGCAUUGCAAUGUCAGCAGGAGAUCAACAUACCUGGAGAGCAACGGCUGUAAGACGUUAACACCAGUAGAGAUGGGCACGUGUGACGGAUCCUGUGGCACAUAUUCCAUGUACUCCACCAAAUACAACGCGGUGCAACAUUCAUGUUCUUGUUGUCGGGAAAUGGCCACAUCAGAGCGGGAAGCAGAGCUCCUCUGUCCAAACGGAUCUAAAGUCAUACACACAUACGUGUUCAUCGAGACGUGCGGCUGUGUGGAGACGGAUUGUGUCGAUCAACAGCUCUCGGCCAAAAAACAGCGACACAAACGCUCGCAACGCUAAAAUCUAAACUCUUAUUCUAUUUAUGGCUUGAGUUAAUUAUAUGA